AUGUCUGCGAAUAGCAUCAAGGUCGUGGCCCGGUUCCGGCCCCAGAACCGGAUCGAGCUGGAUUCGGGCGGCAAGCCCAUCGUCUCUUUCAGCUCCGAGGAGUCAUGUUCGCUCGACGUAUGGAACAGCCCCUCCCCUCUGCCAUGGCUGCAGUUUGCCGACGACUGCGUCUUGCGCAAAUGGCUUUCAAAGGAGGCCCAGGGAUCAUUUACUUUCGAUAGAGUGUUUGAUAUGGCAUGUAAGCAGCAGGACAUCUUCGACUUCUCCAUCAGACCUACCGUGGACGACAUCUUAAACGGCUACAAUGGAACCGUCUUUGCCUAUGGCCAGACCGGUGCCGGUAAAUCAUACACCAUGAUGGGUACGAAUAUCGACGACGACGAAGGACGAGGUGUUAUUCCGCGAAUUGUUGAACAGAUCUUUGCUAGCAUAAUGACGAGCCCAAGCACAAUAGAGUAUACCGUGCGCGUCAGUUAUAUGGAAAUUUACAUGGAGAGAAUUCGCGAUCUGCUGGCCCCCCAAAACGACAACCUACCCGUUCAUGAGGAGAAGAAUCGCGGUGUCUACGUCAAGGGUUUGCUUGAAAUCUACGUAUCGAGUGUGCAGGAGGUCUACGAGGUCAUGAGGAGGGGAGGCAACGCUCGAGCUGUGGCCGCCACCAACAUGAACCAGGAAUCAUCACGAUCGCAUUCGAUCUUCGUCAUCACCGUCACCCAGAAGAAUGUCGAAACCGGCUCGGCGAAGAGCGGUCAGCUCUUCCUGGUGGAUUUGGCAGGUAGCGAAAAGGUGGGGAAGACGGGUGCCAGCGGACAGACACUCGAGGAAGCCAAGAAAAUCAACAAGAGUUUGAGUGCCUUGGGCAUGGUCAUCAAUGCCUUGACAGACGGCAAAUCAUCCCACGUUCCGUACCGAGACUCGAAAUUGACGCGAAUCCUGCAAGAAUCUUUGGGCGGUAACAGUCGGACGACGCUCAUCAUCAACUGCUCUCCAAGUAGUUACAACGAUGCCGAGACCCUCAGUACAUUGCGAUUUGGUACGAGAGCCAAGUCCAUCAAGAACAAGGCCAAGGUCAAUGCCGAACUCAGUCCUGCUGAGCUCAAGAUGUUGCUCAAGAAGGCCCAGGGCCAAGUCACAAACUUUGAGAAUUACAUUUCUACGCUCGAAGGCGAGAUUCAGCUGUGGCGUGCUGGAGAAUCUGUUCCCAAGGAAAGAUGGGCUCAACCUAGCGAUGUUGCCCCAAGAACAGAGCCCAGAACUCCUCGACCCUCAACCCCCUCCAGAUUGACGGCUGAGAGUCGAUCAGAAACUCCUGUCGCUACCGACCGCGCCUCCACCCCGAGUCUGCCAAUGGAAAAGGACGAGCGGGAAGAGUUCUUGCGCCGUGAAAAUGAGCUCCAAGAUCAGCUGGCUGAAAAGGAAUCGCAGGCCACGGCAGCCGAGAAGGCUUUGCGCGAGACGAAAGAAGAAAUGACGUAUCUCAAGGACCACGACAGCAAACUUGGCAAGGAGAACGAGCGACUAACGACGGAGACGAAUGAAUUCAAAAUGCAGUUUGAGCGUUUGACUUUUGAGAGCAAGGAAGCACAAAUUACUAUGGAUGCCCUGAAGGAGGCUAACUCGGAACUGACGACGGAAUUAGACGACGUGAAGCAGCAGCUACUUGAUAUCAAGAUGAAUGCCAAGGAGACGGGUGCAGCCUAUGACGAGAAAGAAAAGCGGAAGGCCGAGAAGAUGGCCAAGAUGAUGGCCGGCUUUGACCUAGGCGGGGAAGUUUUCUCUGAGAAUGAGCGCUCCAUUAGUGAAGCCAUUCAGCACAUUGAGAAAUUACAUGAGAUCAGCUCAGUCGGCAACAACAUUGCGCCGGACGAGUUCAACGAUCUCCGGGCCAAGCUUGUGGAAACGCAAGGCAUUGUCAGACAAGCAGAGUUAUCAAUGUUUGGCUCGUCAUCUAGUGAGAUGGACUCUCGAAGGAGGCAUGAAUUGGAGCAGAAGCUGGAGGCUAUGCAGCAGCAGUAUGAAGACCUCCUGACCAAGAACCUGAGCGAGAGCGAUAUCGAAGAAGUAAAGGCCCGCCUAGAGCACGCCUAUGGCGACCGACAAACAACUCAGGUGGAGCUUAUCGACGAGUUGAAGGCUGAUGCAGCCCACAAGGCGGCUGAGAAUUCAAGAAUGAAGAUGUUAAUUGAAGACCUCCAGCAACGAGUAAAGACUGGCAAUGGAGCUGCUCCCAUGACCAACGGCAAGACGAUCCAGCAACAAAUUGCCGAGUUUGACGUUAUGAAGAAGAGCCUUAUGCGAGACUUGCAGAACCGCUGCGAGCGUGUUGUUGAGUUGGAGAUCUCACUGGAUGAGACUCGUGAACAAUACAACAAUGUGCUACGGUCGUCCAACAACCGGGCACAGCAAAAGAAGAUGGCCUUCUUGGAGAGGAACCUUGAGCAGCUCACUCAGGUCCAGCGCCAGCUUGUGGAACAGAACUCUGCUCUUAAGAAAGAGGUUGCUAUUGCGGAGCGUAAGCUCAUUGCGAGAAACGAGCGCAUUCAGAGUCUGGAGAGCUUGCUGCAAGACAGCCAAGAGAAGAUGGCAGCCGCCAAUCACAAGUUCGAGGUCCAACUUGCCUCUGUGAAGGAGCGCCUCGAGGCAGCCAAGGCCGGCAGCACAAAGGGUCUCAACGCCACCGGCGGCGGCUUCAGCUUCGCCGCUGCCGGCAGCCGCAUCGCCAAACCCCUUCGUGGCGGCGGUGGUGAUGGCCCCGGCGCGCCCCCCUCGAUCCAGUCGUUGCAGAACGAGGCCACCAGCAACAAGCGUAGCAGCUGGUUUUUCAACAAAUCGUAA